UUUUUUCCGCCGUCGGUUGGUGAGGCAGUUACCUUUCUUCCUCUUCAUUCCUUAUUCACAUGCAUCUCGUCAAUCUAUUAUUAUUAUUCAUCAAUCUCACACUUUGCUUUAGCAGCCCCACAGAUUUAUUGGGAGUGGUGAUCAUGGAAUCAUCUGUAACAGAUAAGGGAAAACGACCAGUAUCAGAUAUGGAUGAAAAUGGCGGUGGGGAGAGGAACAGAGAUCCAGACAGAGAAGUGGGCAUUAUGAAUCGGCCAGAGAAAGUUUCUGAGGAAGCAGGACCCAGUAAAAGUGGGAUGUUUCAGCUUGAAGAUGAUGCGCUUUCUGCCAUGAGCUUCACAGAGCUACUGAAAGGGAAAUCAUGUUCGGAAAUGGACCAGGGCAAUAAAUUGGAUGAAGAUAUAAUCCGUGCAUUUGUUUCAACUCCCGUUUUGAGUUGCAGGCGAGGAACCCAAGUGCCCAAUCUGGAAUUUUCUCUCAUGCCCUCCUCCUCACAUUCUUUGGACUUCUUACCUGCUACACCGAAUACACCCCACCACCAGUUCAAAUCGCUGCAGCAAAGCCCAUCUCGUGGAUUCCCUCUUUUCAACUGGGGAGGGGCUUCUCCUGCAACUGUCAAUGGCUUCAGGGGUCCUGCAGAGAGCAAACAGCAGCAAGAGCAAGGACAGCUUACCAUUUUCUAUGGGGGAACAGUGAAUGUUUACAAUGUUUCAACAGACAUGGCCAAAUCCAUAAUGAAGCUGGCCAGCAAUGGAGGAAACAGCAAACAGGCCUCCAGAGCCAGUACACCCACAUCCUUUGCCCCAUCAACGCCAGUCAAUUCCAAUCCUUCUCCAUCUCAAAUGUGCCCCACUCCAUCUUCCUCAACAGUCCGUGGCAUUGAGACACGGCCUAUCUUCACUCUGAAGACAGCAAAUCUUCCAAUCAGUCGAAAGAAUUCUCUGCAACGCUUCUUGGAGAAGAGGAACCGCAGGCUCUAUGCCAGGGCUCCAUAUGACCCACUUCACCAAAACUGAUUUCCCAAGAAAAACCAAACUUUUCCUUUGGUUGAAUGCCUCGAAAAAGUCACCUGGGUAUCUGGUCGUCUUGACCCACAUCUUUGAAAACUGUGGUGGGUGGGCAGCAGUACAUACUGUGCAUGGUGUUGAGUGGGGUGGGCAAAAAGCAAUAUUUUGAAUUCCAAAUUUUGGCAUGAUCAUACAUUCAUUCAAAUGUGUAUUCUGUGCAUUCUAGACAGUAUGAUUUUCUUAGGUUAUUAAAAUCUGACUGUAGAAGAUAGACAGUACGUUUUUUGGGGGGGUUUUCAAAAUCUGACUGUAGAAGCUAAUCGUCGCAAUAUUGACAGUAAAACUAAUUUUCUAUUAUUGUAGCUAUUAUGCUGCAAAGGCUCUUUUACCUGCAACCAAAUCAGGAAGGCAAUGAAACAAAACUCCUCGGCCUGGAAAGGAGAGGAUUGUACAAUUAAUAAUUUUUGUAUUGUUUCAUGCUUUAUACAAAGAGGAAAAAGGAGCCCCAUAAGUUGAGAGAGGGUUCAACAUGUGUGAUUGUACUCGUGGAAAUCAUACUUGUAAAAUUCAAAAA